AUGGAGAACCUCGAGGAGCGCCUCAAGAGUUUAGAGGAACUCAUCAAAAUGUCAGUCGCGGCGAGGCUCCCAGAGAACGGUCACGCCGAACGAGUGGACAUUCUGACCCCGUCAUCGCUACCGUCGACCACCUCCCCCACCGAACAGACCUCAUACGUGGCAGAUACACUCCUGGCAGAAGUAGCAGGCAGUAGCACCCAGCAGUCCCCAGGUCAGUCACUGCUGCAAGCCCUUGGCUCCAUCCAACCGCGAAGGAUGACAACAGACGUCGCACAAUCACUAAGCAGUGAGAUGGACCUUCUGGGCACUGAUGUGACUCACGAAUGGAGCCCGAACUCCGACUCACAAUUUGCUAUGCCAGCCCCGGCUCUUGCUACGACUGAUGAGGAGCUUCGCCCUCAAGUCCGUUAUAAUGGGGCGAAGAAAUGCUCGCUGCCGCCCGUGCAAGGCGGCCUCUUCCUCCUGCAGGAAUUCCUGGUGGAUUUUAACGCAGCACUCCCACUCUUCGACCCCGCGGUUAUCACAUCCCUCUUUCAGGACUGUUACAACGGAAGAGCCAACGGCAAGCCGAUCGAGUGGGUGGCACUCAAGGUCGUUCUUGGAAUUGCACACCGCCUCCGUGCGAUGAGUCCACUGGGGGUCCCCCAAGAUACGGAGAAUGCCGAAAUCUAUCUGCAAGAAUCGCUCGACACGGUGCCAGAGUUACUGGUACUCCGACCCUCGUUGCUUCUGGCCCAAUGUUUUCUUGGCUUAGCCGUGGUGAUAUCGACAUCCUCACGGCCAUUUCCAGCCCAGACGUUUGUCUCCCUGGCCCUACGGGUUGUCCAGGAUCUUCGGGUCAACGAUCCCAAGGGGACCGAACCAAUUAAUGCGGUCGAUCGAACCCAGCAAGAACGAGUUUUUUGGGUCGCCUAUUUUAUGGAAGUAGACAUGAAUCUGAGGGCGGGUAGACUGCCCAACCUGCCACCGAGGUUGAUCAAUGUUGAAAUACCACGGGACGGCGAGCCAGAUGCUGCAGGGGAAAUCACCGCCGCCAAUGGCGAAUUCAAGGUUAAUAUUCUCCGACUUCACGUGGAGCUCGCUUUGAUCCAGGCCGAAUUUGGAGAGCAACUUGCGUCGCUGCAUACCGCGCAGGACUCGGAUCCUGCUGGCGACACCGAGCUGCGCUCGAUCAACUCACGGCUGGAGGAGUGGCGACGUAACUGGAUCUUCGAGCUUGACGCCGAGCAUCUACGAGCGGCUCUGCAUCGGUCGGAUCUUGUCCACGUGGUCAUCCUCGAGUCGACUUAUUUUUCGACUACAUACGCCUUCUGGGCACGGAUGUUACCGGGGCCUCGAGCCAGUAACAAUGCGUUUUCCGCCCAAGGACUGAUCGAGGGAAUGACAAAACAAAAGGCGCAGAUUUUGCACAAAGACGCCCGGAGAUUCAUCAAUCUGCUGAGGUUGAUUCCGGGUGACGACAUUGCUUGCAACUGGCUGUCGCUGGAAUCUAUCGUCUCAGCCAUGGUGGUUGUCCUUGCCCAUAUCAUUUUCAACCCCCUCGAUGAGAGUUCGGUAUCAGACUUCAGCGUAUCGAGAUAUAUGUUACAAAUCCUGCAUCGUUUGAGCAACAUCAGCAAAGAUGACGGACUGGUUGCCAUCCAGAAUCUCUGUGUAGAUCUAUAUUUGAGGGCCGAGAGAGCGUUGCAGGGGGACAAACCGCUGCGCGGGUGA